CAUGAAUGAAAGUGAAGAUGAGCCCAAAGAUUUCAUCAAACUGAACUGUGAAAAACUCUCUGCAGAUGAAGUGUCAGAGCUGGUGAUUUCUCCAUGCUGCGGGGCUGUCUCUCUGUUCAUAGGUACUACAAGGAAUAACUUUGAAGGGAAAAAGGUGAUUCACUUAGAAUAUGAAGCAUACUCAUCAAUGGCAGAAGCUGAAAUAAAGAAAAUCUGUAGAGAUGUUAGACAGAAAUGGCCUUCCAUCAAACAUAUAGCAGUGCACCAUAGACUUGGUUUAGUUCCAGUAACAGAAGCAAGUGUGAUUGUAGCAGUCUCCUCUCCACACCGAGUGGCAUCUCUUGAGGCUGUGCAAUACUGCAUCAAUACUUUGAAAGCAACUGUUCCAAUUUGGAAAAAGGAGAUUUAUGAGCAGGAAUAUUCUUGGAAAGAAAACAAGGAAUGCUUUUGGGCAGAUGUGGAAAAAUAACUCCAUCUCCAAAGUCACUAUUAAAACUAACCCCUUCAUUCUACAGUGGGCAACCUGCAGCCCAUCAGGGUAAUCAGCUGGCAUGCUGUGAGACAGUAUUUACAUUGACUUUCCACAGGCAUGGCUGCCCUCAUCUCCCAGUGGCCGCAGUUUGCUGUUUCUAGCCACUGGGAGCUGUGGCCAGCAUGUCCCUGGGGCCCAUGCCGUUUCCCGUAGCUCCCAUUGGCCGGGAACAGCAAACUAUGGCCAUUAAGAGCUUGUGCCUGUGGACAUUCAAUGUAAACACUGUCUCAGCCCGCCAGCGGAUUACCCUGACAAGCUGCAGGUUGCCUACUGCUGCUCUACAGUAAAUCUAACUAGUAAAAGCAUAUGCAUUAUAACAAACACUUCUGUCUAAGACAGAAGGUAAUAGAUUAAGUUCCCAAAUAACUUUCAUUUUUUGUAAAAUCACCCAGCUGUGUAACUAGCUAGACUGUUUAAAACCAUUUCCCCAAAAAUUCUUAAUUGAAAGGAGUCUAGUUUUAUAUACUAUAUGCUGCUUUAAUACCUUUAUUCUCACCUUGUGGGUUCACUGCCAGCAUUAGAGAUCACAAUGUGACAAUCAGCUUUGUGGUUUUUAAUCUUAAAAAUAUCCUUAGUUGGCAUUAUGACUGCAAAGUCAACAUAGCGGCUUUAAGAUAUUUUUGACACUUAAGUUGAUUAAACAUUUUUGGUACAUGCAGAGAAAAAUAUAAAUUAUACCCAGAGUUACUAAUGUGACUUGCCAGUAGCUUUGUUUCAUAGAAAUGUUUUUACUGUGUAGCUGAUACUACAGGUUCAUCACAUUAAGGAAAUUUAAAGCUCUUUAUUGGACAUGAGAUCAUACACAACUAAUUUGCAUUAGCAAUAAAACAAACUUAACUGAACCUUAAUAGAUGUAUCGAGGUGACUAGUUUUGAAGCAGCUUUUGCAGCUGUCUUAUUCUAUGGAUUAAAAAAACCCAAUAGUUGUUACAGAUUAAAACAGUGUUAAGUCUCUGACUUGAACUUACAAAUGCAAAAAUAUUUAUUAGUUAGGAAUAAAACUUCUCAUCUUAACUAGUUGUUAAGAGGGCAUUGUCAUCUUGAAACAGUCAAUUUUUAAGAAAAUAGUUCAGUAGAUUUAACAGGAGGAACUAAUUAGUUAAUGGGGCUACUCACAUAAGUAAGGUUGCUCACACGUACAACUUGAUAUUUGUGUAUGUAUUGUAGUAUUGUACAGUAGAGGUCUCAACUGAGAUCAGAGCCCCAGUGUGCUCAGCCCUUACAAACCUAGUGAGUGAUAGCUUCUGCCCCAGAGAAUUUAUAAUCUUAAAUAGAGCAGAGAAGGGGUGGAAAGGAAAAGCAGCACAGGGGUGGAGUGACUUGCCCAAGAUUAUACAUUACAUAACCCCUACUUGUUUCACUGUUUCCUCAGUAGCCCUGGCAACUGCACAAAGCAAAAACAAAGACAAUUUUCUCUCUAAUCUUUCACUCACAGUAAUCUUUGGUGUUAAUUUCAACUAGAGUAAGUUUUAAAACAAAAUCAAAACCCAAAACUUCAAACAAAAGUGUGAUUAAACUGGGUCCUUGUACUGCUUUUUGGUGUACUUCCUACUGAUGGCAGUGGGACAUCCCUGGGAAGAAGAGAAGCCACUCUUUGCAUGUAUGCAUCUAUUAUGGGUGUCUAAUGUGUCUAUCACUUUGGUCCUUCUAUUUAGGUAAGGCAGAGUAAGUUAUGGACUGAAUUUUCCUUGUUUGGCAUGUGCGAGUGAAGAACUAUGCUUUGCUGUAUGGAUUGUUCAGUGCUAUCAGAUCCAUGAAUAAAGAUCACUUCUACAGAGA